AUGUCGCCCAUGAUGCAGCGCUACAUGAAGUCGCAGACCACCUCCAGCUCGCAGGACAGCGCCUUCGCCAUGGGCUCCCGGAACCAGGCGAUCUUGGAAAUCAACCCCGAGCACCCGGUCAUCCAGAAAUUGAGGACGAUGCAGCAGACCGCUCCCGAUUCCGAGGAGACGGAGGACAUGGUCAUGAUGGUGUACGAGACUGCCGCCCUCAUCGGCGGCUACAACAUUGAGGACCCCAUCUAUCUGCCAUCCUCACUGUGGUGCGCUGGCCGCAGUCGUAGUCCUCCUCCUCCUCCUCGUCCUCCUCCCCCUCCUCUCAUACCCUCCCUCCUGCUCUAUCCUGCCCCCCUCCUUCCCGCUCCUGUCCGUCCUGCCGGUCCCUCUCCCUUAUAA